CUUUUUUUUAGAAAUGUCUGUUAAGUUACUUAGGCUGGCAUUAACCCCACUGUGUAACUGAAACAGGCCUUGAACCUGUGAUCUCCCUGCCUUAGCUUUCCAUGUAGCUGAGAGCAUCAGCUUUCACUACCCGACUCUCAUCUUCUCUUUGAGCUGUCUGCAUGCGACUCAUGCCAGCUUCCCAGGUUCUUCCUACCUUUUUUUUUUUUUUUUCUUUUCUGAGGGUUCCUGGCCCUGUACUUCCUCUUGGUCUAUCUCACUUCUUGAAACACUAUAAAGAGGGGUGCUUAUCUUGAUGGAGCUUGAAAAGCCCUCUGAGGGGGGCAGGGAAGUCAGAAGGCUUGACUGUGUGUUUGGGGAAGCAAGAACAGCAGCACUCCAGAUUGAGAUGCACAGAGCUGCAUCCUCCAGGUUACUGGGAGACCAAAGAUGUGUGGCUGAAGCUGGUGGUCCUGUAACAGGCCCUUUUUGAGAAGAGUCUCCAAGAGAGCAUCACACUGGAAGGGAAGAGUGAGUUGUGAGUUCUCGACCACUGCUACAUGCAGACUUCUGGGCAGAUGUCUGGCACGAGCUAGGUCCACCAGCCCAUACACCUCCUGCUGACAAACCUGUCCCGAGAAGCUUCUCCGAGACAUCAUGAAACCUGACAAUACCACAACUGCGCUGUGGUUGAAGAUCACCUACAUCUCCAUGGAGGUUGUCAUCGGGCUCUGUGCUGUAGUGGGCAACAUGCUGGUCAUCUGGGUAGUUAAGCUGAAUCCCAGUCUGAGGACCACCACCUUCUAUUUCAUAGUCUCCCUAGCACUGGCUGACAUUGCUGUUGGGGUGCUGGUCAUGCCUUUGGCUAUUGCUGUCAGCCUGGAAGUGGAGAUGCACUUCUAUGUCUGCCUUUUCAUGUCCUGCGUGCUUCUGAUCUUCACCCACGCCUCCAUCAUGUCCUUGCUGGCCAUUGCCAUAGACCGAUACCUGCGGGUCAAGCUGACAGUCAGGUUGGAUUUUAACGUUGCUUCUGUUCCAUUCCAGCACCCCCAUUCAAACAGAUAUAGGACAGUCACUACUCAGAGAAGAAUAUGGUUAUCCCUGGGCCUUUGCUGGCUAUUAUCCUUCCUGGUUGGGCUGACCCCCAUGUUUGGCUGGAAUAAAAAAAUGACCUCAGGGCUCUCCCCCAAUAGUACCACGCUUUCGUGCCAUUUUCGUUCGGUCGUGCCUCUGGAUUACAUGGUCUUCUUCAGUUUCAUCACCUGGAUCCUCAUCCCCCUCAUUGUCAUGUGCAUCAUCUACCUGGACAUCUUCUACAUCCUCCGCAACAAACUCAGUCAGAACUUGUCUGGCUUCAGAGAGACUCGGGCAUUUUAUGGACGGGAGUUCAAGACAGCAAAGUCCCUGUUUCUGGUUCUCUUCUUGUUCGCUUUGUGCUGGUUGCCUUUGUCCAUCAACAACUUGGUGUCCUACUUUAACGUCGAUAUACCAGAGCCUGCAAUGUGCCUGGGGAUCCUGCUGUCCCAUGCCAACUCCAUGAUGAACCCUAUUGUCUACGCCUGCAAAAUAAAAAAGUUCAAGGAAACCUACUUUGUGAUCCUCAAAGCUUGUAGGGUCUGUCAGACCUCGGUUUCCUUGGACUCAAAUAUUGAACAGACUACUGACUAGCUACCAUGACACAUAAAGAGCUAUCUCACCAACGUUCGUGUUUAGCACUAGCAAACACCAAAGGC